AUGGCGAAGACGCGCCGCAAGAAGCGACGCACGCACCUCGACCAGAAUGCCGGGCGGGAGGCACCGGGCGGCAAGGGCGACAUCCCCAAGUCCUUCGUCAUGAAGCGCGGCAAGAUGAGCGAGCUGGUGAAGGAGCUCACCGAGGAUGUCCGGCACGUCAUGGAGCCGCACACCGCCAAGAACCUCAAGGAGUCCAAGGCGAACAAGCUCAAGGACUUCGUGCAGGUGGCCGGUCCGUUGGGCGUGUCGCACUUCAUCAUCCUGAGCGCCACGGAGAACUCGAAGUACGUCAAGAUCGCCAAGACCCCGCGCGGGCCCACGCUCACGUUCAAGGUGAACAAGUACACGCUGGCGCGCGAGGUGGCGGCGGCGCAGCGCAAUCCGCGCGCGCCCCCCAACGCGUUCCUCUCGCCGCCGCUCGUCGUGCUCAACAACUUCGGCGACGCCCCGCAUCAAAAGCUCGCCACGAUAACGUUCCAGAACCUCUUCCCGGCCAUCAACGUCCGCAAGGUGAAGCUCUCCACCUGCCAGCGCGCGGUGCUAGUCGACUACGACAAGGAGAGCAACAAGUUUCAGUUUCGCCACUACUCCAUCAACGCGUUGCCCACCGGCACCAACAGGCACCUCAAGAAGCUCCUCACCAAGAACAAAGUUCCCGACUUAGGCCGAUUGACCGACAUCGGCGAGUUCUUCGAGUCGGGAGCCAACAGCGGCCACGUGUCGGAGUUUUCCGACUCGGAAGGUGAGGAUGCGGUCAACGCGCGGGUGGAGCUCGCGCAGGAUUACAACCGCCUGUCCAAAGCCAACACCACCUCGCGGGUCAAGCUCCAGGAGAUCGGCCCACGGAUGGAGAUGGAGCUGGUCAAGGUGGAGGAGGGGAUGUGCGAGGGUCGUGUGCUGUACCACGCGUACGUCGACAAGACCGAGGACGAGGUGAAGGAACUGGAGACUCGCGCGGUUGAUAAAGAGGCGCUUCGCAAGAGGCGAAGGGAGGAGCAGGAGCGUAACGUGGCCAAGAAGGCCAAGGAGAAGGCGGAGAAGGAAAAGAUCGAGGAGGAUAUGGCGGCGCUCGGGGCGCGGAAGCGCAAGCGGGAUAAGAAGAAGGAGAAGGAGAAGGAUGCGAAGAUCGCGCGGAAGGGGGGUAAGGGGCUCGACGGCGGGAAAGGGAAGGGUGCGAAGAAGUCACCGAGCGCCAGGCCGGGCAAGUCCAAGCGCAUCAAGGGUAGAACGCGAUCCAGGUAG